AUGUGGCCAGACCUUAUUCAGAAAUCCAAAGAUGGAGGAAUUGAUGUCAUUGAGACUUAUGUUUUCUGGAACUUACACGAACCAGUUCGAGGCCAGUACAAUUUUGAAGGUAGGGGGGAUUUGGUUGGAUUUGUGAAGGCAGUAGUAGCAGCAGGUCUAUAUGUUCAUCUCCGGAUCGGUCCAUACGCUUGUGCAGAAUGGAAUUACGGUGGAUUCCCUCUUUGGUUACAUUUUAUUCCGGGAAUUAAGUUCGGAACUGAUAAUGAACCAUUCAAGGCAGAAAUGAAACGGUUUACAGCAAAGAUUGUGGAUUUGAUGAAGCAAGAGAAUCUCUAUGCAUCACAAGGAGGACCUAUCAUUUUAUCUCAGAUUGAAAAUGAGUAUGGAAAUAUUGAUAAAAGCUAUGGUCCUGCUGCUAAAACCUACAUCAAUUGGGCAGCAUCGAUGGCUACAUCUCUUGAUACAGGCGUUCCCUGGGUUAUGUGCCAGCAAGCAAAUGCACCUGAUCCAAUUAUUAAUACGUGCAAUGGAUUUUACUGCGAUCAAUUCACGCCAAACUCUAACCAGAAACCAAAAAUGUGGACUGAGAAUUGGACUGGAUGGUUUCUUGCAUUUGGAGGUGUUGUGCCGUACAGACCUGUAGAAGAUCUUGCAUUCGCUGUUGCACGUUUUUUUCAGCGAGGUGGAACUUUCCAAAAUUACUACAUGUACCAUGGAGGGACUAACUUUGGCCGAACAACUGGUGGACCUUUCAUUUCUACAAGUUAUGAUUAUGAUGCACCUAUUGAUGAGUAUGGAAUUAUUAGACAACCCAAACGGGGGCAUCUUAAAGAUUUGCAUAAGGCCAUAAAACUUUGUGAAGAAGCACUUAUAGCUACUGAUCCAACAAUUUCAUCUCCUGGUCCAAAUCUAGAGACUUCAGUUUACAAGACAGGAUCUGCAUGUGUGGCCUUCCUUGCUAACACCGGCACGAACGAUGCAACGGUUACCUUCAACGGCAAUUCAUAUCACUUGCCUGGAUGGUCUGUGAGCAUUUUACCAGAUUGCAAGAGUGUUGUUCUAAAUACUGCAAAGAUUAAUUCUGCAUCUACGAUUUCAAGCUUCGCAACUGAAUCUGUAAAAGAAGAGGUUGAUUCUUUGGGGAGUUCAAGUUCGGGAUGGAGUUGGAUUAGUGAACCGGUCGGUAUUUCAAAGGAUGAUGCAUUCACAAAAUCUGGACUUCUUGAACAAAUAAACACGAUUGCAGAUAGAAGUGACUACCUGUGGUAUUCAUUAAGCAUUGAUGUUGAAGAUACUGCCGGUCACGCCCUUCAUGCUUUUAUAAAUGGGAAACUUGCAGGGAGUGGAGUAGGAAACAGCGGAAACGCUAAGGUCAAGGUGGACAUCCCUAUUACACUUGUAUCUGGAAAGAACAAAAUUGAUCUCCUGAGUUUAACAGUGGGACUACAGAACUAUGGAGCUUUUUACGACCUAGUGGGUGCGGGGAUCACUGGUCCAGUAACAUUGAAAGGUUUGAGAAAUGGAAGUACUGUUGAUCUCUCCUCACAACAAUGGACAUACCAGAUUGGUCUUCAAGGUGAAGAUUUAGGUUUGUCUAGUGGAAGUGUUGGACAGUGGAAUUCACAAUCUAACUUACCUACAAAUCAACCUUUGACUUGGUACAAGACGAACUUCAUUGCUCCUUCUGGAAGUAACCCAGUUGCAAUUGAUUUCACGGGGCUGGGAAAAGGAGAAGCCUGGGUGAAUGGACAGAGCAUUGGACGAUACUGGCCAACAUACGUCGCUCCAACUUCUGGCUGUACUGACUCAUGCAAUUAUAGAGGAUCCUAUUCUUCAUCGAAAUGUCUCAAGAACUGUGGAAAACCAUCACAAAUAUCAUUUCUCCUUUUUUAA